AUGUUACGAAACAACUUGAUACGGGCGCUUUCUGCACUUAACUUUGCAUUUGGUGCCAUCGCUACGAAUAGUUCAUGCAAGUGUGCCGCUUCGGACGGCAUUUUGCAACAGGCACCAAACGACGCUUGCUGGCCAUCUACAAGUGACUGGCAGCAGUUCAACACUACUCUCUCGGGGAAGCUCAUAGCGACCAAACCGGUCGCCAUCUCUUGUUACCCAGGUCCUAAUUAUGACGCAACAUUGUGCGCCAGUGUUAUGGUGGGCUGGUACAAGGGAGAAUGGAUGUCAUCGCACCCCGUCGGCCUGGACUACCCCCUGAACAUCACAUGCCCUCCCGUUCAACCUACAUCGAACUCGACCGCCGGAGGAGGCUCUUGUACCCUCGGCACGAACCCUGUAUAUGCUGUGAACGUGACAGAGACCGACGACAUCGUCGCAGCUCUCAAGUUCGCAGAGGAGAAGAACCUUAGAGUCGUGAUCAAGAGCACCGGGCACGACGUACUCGGUCGCAGCGACGGUUUCGGCGGCUUGGAGAUUUGGCUUCGUUACUUCCGCAACGGCAUCACCCCGCAAACCUCUUUCCAGUCCUCCACCGGCUGCACAGCCUCAGGAUGGACCGGCAGCGCCAUGAAGCUUUCCGGCGCGUACAUGUGGGGAGAGAGCUACGCGGCCGCAAAGGAAAACAACGUCGUCGUCGUGGGUGGAGGAAGCUCGACUGUCUGCAGCACGGGAGGGUGGAUGCAGGGCGGCGGCCACGGCCCGGCCAGCCAUACUUUCGGUCUCGGCGCUGACCAGGUGCUUGAGGCUGAGCUCAUCCUUGCCAAUGGCACUGCUGUCACGGUCAACGCUUGCCAGCACCAGGCCUUUACUAUGCCAUCCGUGGCGGAGGUCACCGUGGCCGUUCAGAACCUCCAGUUUGCGGCCCCUACCGGAGCCCCCAAAACCGCUUUCCUGGAUGCGCUUGCAACUCUUUACACCUCGAUCCCGGAGUUGGUGGAGUCUGGUUUUGCCGGCUAUAGCCACUGGCAGACCGACGGCCAGUCUGCUUCCUUCAACAACUACACCACGGCAUAUUCCCAUGCCGUCUACGUGUUCAACAAGACCGCUGAGGAAGCAGAAGCCGCUGGCAAGGGCCUUCUCGACAAGAUUUACAAGUUCAACGACACCCUCUUUGUAAAUUCGAGCUAUGUAACUUAUGGCGACUACUGGACCUUCUUCCAGGAGGUUAGCGCCGAUAACAACCCCGUCGGCCUCAUGGCCGCCUCUGGAUCUCGCCUCCUGGAUACGGACGCCGUCAGUAACUUCACAGCCGUCCGUGGUCUAGUCGAGACGCUGGCCGGAAAGACGGGCGAAUACGUCACAAAUGUCAUCUCCAUCGUCUCUGGUGGCCAAGUCUGGGCCGACGCAGCUCAGGAGUACUCCGCCGUUCUCCCCGCCUGGCGUACGGCCGUCUUGCACCAGUCUGUCGCGCGUAUUCUCAGCCCCGGCGUCAGCGAUGCCCGCUUCAAGGAGGUUCACGACGACGUCACGUUCAAUAAGAUUGGCGCUAUGAAGACCUUGGCUCCGAACAUGGGAGCGUACAUGAAUGAGGGUGAUGCUUUUGACCCGGACUGGAAGGUGGAUUACUAUGGCGCCAACUACAACAGGCUUCAGUGCAUCAAGGAGUACUACGACCCUGGUGAGCUCUUCUACUGCCCGACUUGUGUGGGAAGCGAUAAAUGGCAAGAAGACUCCGUUGGACGUCUUUGCCGCGCGUAG